AUGUUGCAUCUGGACCAUCCUUGGCACUGGCUGACUGCGACCCUGGGGGUGCUGCUGGGUUUCAUCUCUUCCACCUGCGGCGACUUAGCUGGCUCCCGGCCAAACAUGCUUCUACUGAUGGCGGACGACCUUGGCAUUGGAGACGUCGGCUGCUACGGCAACCGCACCAUCAGGACGCCCAAUAUCGACCGGCUUGCAGAGGACGGAGUGAUGUUAACCCAGCACAUCGCUGCAGCUUCUGUUUGUACCCCAAGCAGGGCUGCCUUUCUGACGGGCCGAUACCCUGUUCGAUCAGGUAUGGUUUCCAGCGACGGUGACCGUGUUCUGCAGUGGGCAGGAGUGUCUGGAGGCCUUCCGACAAAUGAGACCACUUUUGCAAAAAUAUUGCAAGACAAAGGCUAUGUCACUGGACUAAUCGGGAAGUGGCAUCUGGGUCUCAACUGCGAAUCCUCCCGCGAUCACUGCCACCACCCGCUCCACCACGGGUUCGCACACUUCCACGGGAUGCCUUUCUCCAUGAUGGGCGACUGUGUGCUCUGGGAGCUCUCAGAGAAGCGCCGAGGCCUGGAGCGCAAACUGAAUCUCUGCACGCAAAUCACCAUCCUGGCUGCGCUCACGCUCACGGUGGCCAAGCUCGCAUGCCUGGUGCCCCUGCCCUGGACGCCGGCCAUCUGGUCAGCCGUGGCGGCCGCCCUGCUGUCCACCACUCCGUAUUUCCUGGGGACGCUGAUAGUGCACGCAGACUGCUUUCUAAUGAAGGACCACGCCGUCACCGAGCAGCCCAUGAGAUUUAAAAACACCACUCCCCUUCUCCUGGAGGACGCCGAGUCCUUUCUUAGAAGAAAUAAGCAAAGACCUUUCCUUCUCUUCUUCUCAUUUCUACAUGUGCACAUUCCUCUGAUCACUACGGAGGAUUUCCUUGGAAAAAGUCUCCAUGGGCUGUACGGGGACAACGUAGAGGAGAUGGACUGGAUGGUGGGACAGAUCCUUGACAUGUUGGACAAGGAAGGUUUGACCAACAAUACCCUGGUUUAUUUCACAUCGGACAACGGAGGGUCUUUGGAGUCUCAACUUGGAAAUAACCAGUAUGGCGGAUGGAACGGGAUUUACAAAGGAGGAAAAGGCAUGGGCGGCUGGGAAGGUGGGAUCCACGUGCCGGGGAUAUUCCGUUGGCCCGGGGUGCUGCCGGCCGGCCGGGUCAUCAAUGAGCCCACGAGCCUGAUGGAUGUUUUCCCGACCAUGGUGCAGCUGGGUGGUGGCCAGGUGCCCCAGGACAGAGUUUGGAAAGUCCACUACCUGACCCCACAGUUCCAGCCCGAGGGAGCCGGCGCCUGCUACGGGAGAGGGGUCUGCCCCUGCUUCGGGGACAAAGUAACCCAGCACGACCCACCUUUACUCUUCGAUCUCUCGAGAGACCCCUCCGAGACCCACGUCCUCACGGCAGCCACAGAGCCCUUGUUCCACCAGGUGGUGGACACCGUCCAGCGGGCUGUGGAGGCGCACCAGCGGACGCUGCGUCCUGUCCCCCUGCAGCUGGACACGCCACACAACACCUGGAAACCCUGGCUGCAGCCGUGCUGUGGGCUCUUCCCAUUCUGCAGGUGCUAGAGUGAAGACGGAGCCUGGUGAGCUUC